AUGUCAACUGCUCCCAAAUCGCCACACAUUUGGACUGGAAACGCCGACGCAGAGGAUCGAGUAGAGUCUCUUAUCAAGUCAGAAAUCAACUGAGAACAACUGAAUAAUGAUGCAAAUUUACAGAAAAACCGGCUGCUGGGAAAUUCAUUUGAAGGUUUCCGAUUGUAUGGGAGAGCACAGAGACUGGAGAAAGUGCCAGGACGUUGUGAGUUUCCCUAUUCCAUUCUCAUCAAAAUUGUAUUGUUUUUUCAGGUUAAAGAGUUCAGAACGUGUGUGCAGAGCGUACAAGUCGGCGAGCCACCGAAAGAAGAGCCAGAGCCCAAGAAAGAGGCGGCGCCAAAGACGGAACCCGAACAGAAAAAGUGAUGGAUUUCGAAUUUGACUUCGAUCCAUCUGACAAUGAAAAUGACGAUAUUACAACUAAAAUUAGAACACCAAAUUACCCCUCUUUCACCCCAAACGUCCAUGACAGAUUCUGGUUUCGUAACAUUUCAAAGGACAAUCAGACGGCCACUGCCAUUAAGUGAGAGGAAAACAGCAGGAAGCAGAUCUGAAAGUACCUAUUUUCAGUGAAAUUGAAUUGUUGAGAGUCGCUGAUGCUUUUGAGAACGGGCAUGUCGAGGAGGCGAGAGGGAUUCUGACAGAGAUUCGGGAGAAAACGAAGAACAAUCGGACCCAUGAGAUAACGCUCAUCGACUCGAUUCUGCACUGUUUCAUCGCGAAGGAAGGAGAGGUUUCAAUUAAUAAAUCGAGCCAUUUUUGAUGUAAAAUAUUCAGCUUUCUCCCUCCGAACUGUCCGAUUCUCUGCAUCUCCUCUCAGUUUACGAAUCUAUUCUUGUCGAUUUCGGCGACCAGCUCCAGUUCUUCCGAACCAAAGCUCUUCUGCUUUCAAAGCUUUCUUCCGAUCACAAGUUCAAAUCAGAAUUCAAGAAUACGGUAAUUUCAGAAAGCAUACGUUUCAGUCGUUCAUAUUCUCGUUUCAGAUGGCUCUCCUCUGCGAGUUGUGCUCUUCGUUCGAAAAUUGGCAACUGUUCGAAGAAGGCGAACGGUUUUUGAAUGAUUCUGAACGAUUUGGGAUAAAGUUGAAAAUGGAGAAGAUUUUGAGAUACGAAAUCGAACACUCGAAGGGAUUUGUGAAGGAGAAUCUAGAGCGGAAAAUGGAGGAAGUGAAGCGAGAAGCUGAGGAAUUGGCAGGAGCAAUAGAAGAAGAGAAGGUGGGAGCAGAAGAGACGGAAAAGGAGUACAAUUUGUAAUUUCAGAGAGAAGCCAUCCGCGUCUCGUUGAACAGUCAGAAAGACUUCCAUCUCGUCGACUCCGCCCAUUCUUCCGAGUUCCGUGCUCACGAAAGUCGAUCCAAGAACACGCUGAUUCCAGUUUCCGAUCAACCCACCGUCAUCUCCGAGUUCUCCCGUCGUUAUCCGUUUUUGUUUUCCGCUUAG